AUGAUGCAAUUACUGGAACAACGUAAGACACAAGGCGACGAUAAUGCAGUCUAUCAUGAGCUUCGGAUCCGAAUCUGGCUGGCGCUUCUCGCUGCGGACAAUUGGUGCUCUUCGAGCCUGGGCUUCCCUCGCGAGAUGAAAGACUGGUCUCGACCGGCUCGGUUACCCAUGGAUGAGAACCUGUUUGCCGAUAUGGAUCCAGAUGAGCCAUUGAUCGACCAGAACGAGCCUUGUAAGAGCCCUGGUCUAUGGGCACACAUGGCCACGCUCAUCGAAGUGUUCAGCCCUAUCCAGGAACUCAACUGGAGGGUCGCCAAUUGCGAGGGGCUGCAUCCAGAUCAAAUCGAGCAGGACACGGAUCAUCUUGCACGACUGUUGGAUGACUGGCAAAAUAGACUUCCACACGAUGUACAAUUGACGGAGUCGAACCUCAUAGAGCACAGCGAGCGAGGCACCGGGGGCAUCUUCAUGGGCCUCCAUCUUGGCUUUCACCACUACGCUACCUUACUUUUCUACCAGUAUCUCGAUACACGAAACAUGCUGAGUAUGCGUGCCCGGCAGUUUGCAGCUCGAUGUAAACAUCACGCUCUCAGUUAUAGCUCGUGGCUCGCCCGUGGGAGACGACAGCCCGGAUGCGAAGCCGUGUAUCCAACCGUCGGCCACAUGGCGAUUGUAUCCUCUUCCGUUAUUCUUCAUACUUUGCUUUUUGGAGAAGAAAACGAGCUUCCGCGGUCACGUCACUGCCUUGAAGCGAAUUUUGAGGCGCUUCUCGAGUUAGAAGAGUACUGGCCCAUUGUUAAACCCAUGGUAAAUUUUCUACCCUUUCCUCGAGAAAUCGAAUGGCCUUCUUUUGUUCGUCUUCGUUCCCUUUCAGCUGACAAUCUGCCCAAGAUUAAUCGAUUGAUGCAUUUCCAAAACAACUGCCUGCUCCUCUCUCACUAUAAUCAAACCCAUCGUCUCGAUCGUUGGAUGGUGCGAUUUCUCUUCGAGUAUGCGUUACCACUUGAGACCAAGGCCAUUGACCCACACACGGCAUGGGAAAUGGAAAUUAUCUCCGCACAGGCACAUAUCUUCUCUGAGAAAGGUCGAUUGCCCGCGUUUGGGGCUAGCUAG